AUGCCCUACCUCUAUCGGGCCCCAGGGCCCCAGAAGCACCCGGUUCCCAAGGACGCCCGCGCCACCCACUCCUCGGGCCAGAGCUUCGAGCAGCUGAGGCAGGAGUGUGUGCAGAAGGGCAUCCUGUUUGAGGAUGCAGACUUCCCAGCCGACAGCUCCUCGCUCUUCUACAGUGAGAGGCCCCAGAUCCCCUUCGUGUGGAAACGGCCAGGGGACAUUUGUCAAGUUUCCCAAUUUACUGUGAACUGGGCGAUGAAAACUGUGAUUUAUGGCCUUCAUUUCGCAGGCGACUGCUGGCUAUUGGCUGCCAUCGCCUCCCUGACGCUGAAUGAAAAAGCUCUGGUUCGAGUCGUCCCCCAGGACCAAAGCUUUGGACCCGGUUAUGCCGGGAUAUUCCACUUCCAGUUCUGGCAGCACAGCGAAUGGCUGGAUGUGGUCAUCGAUGACCGACUGCCCACCUUCAGGGACCGCCUGAUCUUCCUCCACUCGGCCGACCACAGAGAGUUCUGGAGUGCCCUGCUGGAAAAAGCCUAUGCCAAGCUGAGCGGUAGCUACGAGGCUCUGAAGGGAGGCAGCGCCAUCGAGGCCAUGGAAGACUUCACCGGGGGUGUAGCAGAGACCUUUGCAACUAAAGAGGCUCCAGAGAACUUCUAUGAGAUUCUGGAGAAGGCCUUGAAGAGGGGCUCUCUCGUGGGCUGCUCCAUUGAUAUCCGAAAUGCUACAGAGUCUGAAGCCCGGACACCUUUUGGUCUCAUUAAGGGCCAUGCCUACAGUGUGACAGGAAUUGACCAGGUAAACUUCCAAGGCCGGAACGUGGAGCUCAUCAGAGUCCGGAACCCUUGGGGCCAGGUUGAGUGGAACGGGUCCUGGAGUGACAGUUCCUCCGAGUGGCUUUCGGUCGGGGCAGCUGAGCAGAAGCGCCUGUGUCACACCUCUCUCGACGACGGGGAAUUCUGGAUGGCGUUUAGGGACUUCAAGACCCACUUUGACAAGGUAGAAAUCUGCAACCUGACUCCUGACGCCCUGGAGGAGGAUGCUGUCCACAAAUGGGAGGUGACGGUCCAUCAAGGAAGCUGGGUGCGGGGCUCCACCGCCGGGGGCUGCCGCAAUUUUCUAGAUACCUUCUGGACCAAUCCACAGAUAAAACUGUCCUUGAUUGAGAAAGAUGAGGGGCAGGAGGACUGCACUUUCCUUGUAGCCCUGAUGCAGAAAGAUCGAAGGAAACUCAAGAGGUUUGGUGCCGACAUGCUGACCAUUGGCUAUGCCAUUUACCAGAGCCCCCGCAAAGACGAACACCUGAACAAAGACUUCUUCAGGUACCAUGCUUCCCAGGCCAGAAGCAAAACGUUCAUCAACCUGAGAGAAGUCUCCGACCGCUUCCAGCUGCCCCCUGGGGAGUAUAUCCUGAUACCCAGCACUUUUGAGCCCCAUCAGGAAGCUGAUUUCUGCCUGAGGAUCUUUACGGAGAAGAAAAUUAUCACCCAGGACAUGGAUGGAGAUGUGAACAUUGACCUUCCCGAGCCUCCGAAGCCGACUCCAGCUGGCCAGGAGACAGAGGAGCAACUCCAGUUCCGGGCCCUGUUUGAACAAGUUGCCGGCGAGGAUAUGGAGGUAACUGCAGAGAAACUGGAAUAUGUUUUAAAUGCGGUGCUGCGAAAGAAAAAGGACGUCAAAUUCAAGAAGCUCAGCCUGAUUUCCUGUAAAAACAUCAUUUCUCUAAUGGACACCAGCGGCAAUGGGAAGCUGGAGUUCGCGGAGUUCAAAGUGUUCUGGGACAAGCUGCAGAAGUGGACAAACCUAUUCCUUCAGUUCGAUGCUGACAAGUCUGGCACCAUGUCCUCCUAUGAGCUGCGGACUGCCCUGAAAGCCACAGGCUUCCAGCUGAGCGGUCGCCUCCUGCAGCUGAUUGUCCUCAGGUACACAGACAAGAACCUCCAGCUGGGCUUUGAUGACUUCCUCAACUGCCUGGUCCGGCUGGAGAACGCUAGCCGGGUGUUCCAGGCGCUCAGUACAAAGAACAAGGAGUUCAUUCAUCUCAACAUAAACGAGUUCAUCAAGCUGACAAUGAACAUCUGA